CCUGACUCAGCACUUGUUCCUUCAUCUUUCUUCGCAUCUUGGGCAUCUCGACGGAGGAGACUUCUACGAAUUGUCGACUGAGGGUGCUUAGUUCAAUCAGUACCUUGCUUGUGUCUUUGCGACUCAAUACCAAAUAACGCAUUGAUUCUGUCUUCAGUCUUUGCAACCUAAUUCGUUGGGUAGUACACACAAAUUGCGAGACGUCUUGCAGGGGUCUGUCAGUCAGUAAAACUUUGAAGCCGUAAUUUCGACCAAAUUCGGCAACAAACGACAUUCUCACGAGUUGACAACUCUCCCUGCCACAACAUGGCGAACACUUUUCUCAUGCCAAACCCCGUCGAAAGGUUCUGUUACCAGUAUCUUCAACUGGAAUCUGUGCUCGACUACCCUGCUGCUGAGGUAAUCAGACAACAAGCAGCACAAGACACCAUUUACAAGAAGCUCUUUUCGGAGGAGGGACCUCGUUACAGCCCUCCUGCUAGGUAUCGUCUAAAAGUCUUGAAAGAGCUUAUCGCACGCAUCGAAUCGGGCAUUGAGGAUUGGGACCAGCAUGAAGUCUCGGAGGAUCUCAUGACAGCGUUGUCGGAAUCUCUUGCGGCUCCAGUGCCCUCUGAGAUAUCGUCAGCUCAGCAGAAAACCUACGUCACCUAUCACCUCGGUAGUCUCGACCAGAGGAGCUCCUCGGAACCACACUUACACACGACUGACAUCACCCUCCUCGAGUCCCGCUCGCUGAUCUCUGCUUCUGGCACCACAGGCCUCAGAACUUGGGAGGCCGCGUUGCACUUGGGGCAAUAUCUCUGCGUAAACCAAAAGAUCAUCAAGGGGAAGCGCAUCCUCGAACUGGGAGCGGGCACCGGAUACCUAGCCAUCCUGUGUGCGAAGCAUCUCGCCGCCACCCAUGUUAUUGCCUCGGAUGGAUCUGAUGAUGUUAUCAAUAACCUCCCGGAAAGCCUCUUCCUGAAUGACCUGCAAGGAAGCACUCUAGUCAGGCCCAUGGAACUGAGAUGGGGUCACGCAAUGGUGGGCACCGAAGACCAAAAAUGGAACAGCGGCGAGAACGUCGACGUUGUCAUCGGGGCAGACAUCACCUACGAUCAGAGCAUCAUCCCGGCCCUCAUCGCCACUUUCCAGGAGUUAUUUACCAUGUUUCCGGCCAUUGAGGUCUUGAUAUCCGCUACGCAGCGCAAUGAGGUUACGUUCGAGGCGUUCUGUAGUCGUUGCCGACAGUGCGGGAUGGGCCUGACCUAUGUCGACUUUCCCAUACCCCCAAGGGAGCAGCAGAGGGGCCCAUUCUACAGCGAUAGCGUCCCGAUUCGAAUCUGUCGAGUUUUGGCGCCUUCAAGAACGGGCGUGAUGUGGUAAGGUUAAUUGCGGGCGGGCCGCAGUUCGGGUGUGGACCACAUCACGCCCGUCCGGGGACACACGACACCUCGGGUGAGAUCCCGCGUAUUCACACAUGCAACUCGCGUAUGUCGAGACAAGCGGAAUUGCGAGUAACGAUAGCAUCUGACUCGUUUCGAGGACCGAUUUCAGACUUCCAUACAUCUCUGGCCCGCACACCAUUACUUAUCAGUGCACG